GCGCAGAACGAUCUGUCGCAACCUGUGUGAAACUUGUACGCCGUGAUUGGCAGACCCACCACCGCAGCCGAUCAGCGAAAGACAUCGCAUAGAUGUGAUAAAUGCCGUCUGGCGACCCGGUAAUACUGACGACACUGGUAGAUGAAGCGCCCCACUGCCGGCCCACCGUUGCACAUCACGCCGCAGCUGUGCUGCUGCAGCGUUUUAACAUUACCGAUGGUGUGAUUAGAUGCCAGAGAGAUGAUGGAUUGGGGGGGAGACAGCCCUAGCUGCUACUGGGCUAUAUGGAGUUUCCUUGGCCUUUUCUUGCUCUCCGAUAGCCUUUCCUUCCUCCAAGCCAAGCCAAGGUUUUAAACCCCAUUUAAGAGAUCGAUGCAGUAUGCGAUUCUCAUCAUGGCCAGUGAUUGCGUACACUCUCACUGGAUUGGUCACGGCUGUCGAUAUUAAUUGGAAUUCUGACACAUCGAUCAAAGAUGGAGCAGCAACAAUUGCCUAUGGCUUGAUGAAGUACUACUCGGGCAACAACACGGGCGAUGUUGCUGGCAACUUGCCAGAUCCAUAUUACUGGUGGGAAGCCGGCGCCAUGUUCGGAACCAUGGUCGACUACUGGGCUUACACGGGUGACGAUACCUACGUGGAUGUGACCUUCCAAGCCCUCCAACACCAAGUCGGCGACGACGACGACUUCAUGCCCACGAAUCAAACCCUCACCGAAGGCAACGACGACCAAGGCUUCUGGGCGCUAUCCGCCAUGACGGCCGCCGAGAUGGGCUUCAAGAAUCCCGAAAACGGCACCAAUGGCGUGCAAUGGCUCGCUCUCGCCCAGGCGGUAUUCAACGAGUACGUCUGGCGCUGGGACAAUAGCACGUGUGGCGGUGGGCUGCGCUGGCAGGUGUUUACGUUUAAUAACGGGUACAACUACAAGAACGCCGUGUCGAACGGAUGUUUUUUCAACAUUGCGGCUAGACUGGCGCGGUACACAGGCAAUGAAACCUACGCGGAUUGGGCCGAGACUAUCUACGAUUGGAUGACGGACGUGGGAUUCAUCGACGACGAGUAUAACGUGUACGACGGCGCAAGCGACACGGAUAAUUGCUCCAAGAUCGACGCAACGCAGUGGACGUACAAUGCGGGGCUAUUCAUGCACGGCGCGGCAACCAUGUGGAAUUACACCAACGGGACGUCGACGGAGUGGAGAGACCGCGCUCAGGGGUUUGUGACGAAAUCCGCCAACUUGUUUUUUAACAACAGUGUUAUGUAUGAGCCACCAUGCGAGCCGCAGGAUACGUGUAGGACGGACCAGUUGUCGUUCAAGGCCUUUUUGGUGAGGUGGAUGGCAGGGACGGCGCAGGUUAUGAGCUCGACGUACGAGACCAUCUACCCGCUGCUCCUAGCUUCGGGCAAGGCAGCCGCGGAGCAGUGUGAUGGGACGGCUACGACGAGUGAUGGGUAUAAGGGACUGGAGGGGACGGCGUGUGGCAUGCACUGGACCCAGGGCUCGAUGUGGGAUGGAUCGAACGGCGUGGGACAGCAGAUGGCGGCUUUGGCGGCUGUGGUUUAUACCCGGGUCCAGAAGGCGCCCACGCCCUAUACGUCGGUUUCGGGUGGAACGUCGACGGGUGACUCGAGUGGAGGGGCCGCCAAGACGGAUAACACCGUCAAGAAGAAUAGGGCCAUUACCACCGGGGAUAGGGCUGGUGCGGGCAUCCUGACGACCUUCAUCCUGGCUGGUCUUCUUGGAGGGUGUGGGUGGCUGCUUAUUGACUAAACGUUCUCAGGAGGCCUCAAAACUGUGUGUUCACAUGCUUGGAGCUCGUGGACUCACGUGUUAGAGAGUGGAUGGUUACGUGGCGUUCGGGAACGAGGGAUUAGACAUUAAUGUGACAUUAAUUACAGAAUUGAAUCAUGCACAGGCUUGGCGUGUAUAGACGCGCCUCCUGAGAUUACUAUGUUGUCCAACGCACUAGUCUGACUUUCAUUAAAG